AUGUCUGAAGUAGCAUCAACUCCAGUACCACCUACAGAAAAUACCGUAGCCGAACCUUCAACAGUCGGUGAACCUCAACAAGAAAAAACUGAGAAUACUACAAAUCCAGUUGAUGAAGCUGCUCAAAAUGAAGUACAAUAUUCUAUGGUUAAUCCUGAAUUAAAACCUGUUCGUCGUAUAAUUGCUGAUGAUCUUGAAUGGAGUUUACGUAUUGUUCCAGCAUUAACAGAUUUAGCAUUGAAUUCUCUUGUAAAAAGUUUUGAUACAGAACCAAAAUAUAAUGAAUUAUUAGAUAAACAUCGUGAUCAAUUAUUAAAAAGUUUAUCAACAAAUGUUCCACUUAAAGUAACAGCACCUAUCGUACAUGAUGAAAAUUAUUGGGAAAAAUGUUGUAAAGAAAAAUGGCCAAUAUGUGAUAUCAAAGAAUAUGAUAAUUCUUGGAAACGUUUUUAUUUUGAAAAAAAUAUUCAAGAAAUUAUUGAAAAUUUUAUUCCAGCUAAAACUGAUAUGAAACAAUUAUUUGAAUAUGUUGAUCUUGGUGCACAAUAUGUUAAACGACUUGAUAUAAAACAAUUAUUACCACCUGUUGAAAUACAAGAUCGAAUUUUACAAAAUGAUGAAGAAUAUUUUGAUGAUGAUGAAGAUAAUGAAUCACCUACUGAUCCUGAUGCUGAAUUAAAAAAGCCUUUAAGUGAUCAUUUUGAUUUUACACAACUUAUUAAACGUUUACCAAAUCUCGAAGAAUUACAUGUUGUUUAUGGUGUUAAAAGUUGUGGAAUGAAUUUUGAAUGGAGUAUGUUUGAAUUUACAAAAAAAGAUUGUCAAAUAUUAGCUAAAUCUGUUCAACAAUGUAAAUCAUUACGUGUUUUACAUUUACAUAGAAGUAAAGUUGAUGAUCUUAAAAUAAGAAUGUUAGUACGAGAUGGUUUACUUGAUCAUCCAACAUUAGAAGAACUUAAUUUUGAACAUAAUUCAAUUGGUGAUCGUGGAUGUCGAGCCAUUGCUAAAUUACUUAAUGGUCAUUCUAAAUUAAUUCGAUUAAAUUUAUGUAAUAAUCUUAUUGGUCCUCAAGGUGCACAAGCAAUUGCAUAUGGUAUUACAAAAUCACCAACACUUGAUUAUUUAAAUUUACGUUUAAAUCGUAUUGGAGAUGCAGGUGGUCAAGCUAUAUGUUUAGCAUUAUUAAUGAAUCAAACAUUACAUGAAUUAAAUUUAUCAUCAAAUAAUCUUUCGGAACCAACUGGAAAUAAAUUAGCUGAAAUACUUCAUCAAAAUAAAACUUUAAUUAAAGUUGAUAUAAGUGCGAAUCGUUUAGGUGGUGAUAGUGGUAGACAAUUACAAGAAAAUUUACAAGAUAAUACAACAUUGUUGUAUUUUGAUUUACGUAUGACUGAAUGUGGACAAGAAUCUGAAUAUAUAAUUAAUCAAAAAUUAAAAGCAAAUAGAGAACAAGAUCGUUUAAAUCGUAUAAGUGAUCGUAAAAAUCAUGGUCCAAUGGGACGAACAUAUUCACAUUUAUUUUAA